GUCGUGGUAGGUAGAUCUUGCGGGAUGGACGUCGACGAGCCGAUGAUUAAUCCCAAUUUCCAUGCUUCGGCUCCCGAGAUCAUCUCGAAAUGGGGCUUCACGCGGCGGCGAUGGAGGCGGUCACGGCGUACACGGGGCUCUCGCCGGCGGCGUUCUUCACGAUCCUCGCCCUGAUGGUCGCGGUCUACAAGGCGGUGUGCGGCAUGUUCGUCGACCCCGACGACGAUCUCCACGAGAAGGCCGUGGCGAACGCCGUGGCGAGCGCCGCGGCGAGCGCCCCGCCGGCACCCCCCGCCGAGCCGGUCCAGCUCGGAGACGUGACGGCGGAGCAGCUGCGAGCCUACGACGGCUCCGACCCGAGGAAGCCGCUGCUCAUGGCGAUCAAGGGCCAGAUCUACGAUGUCUCUGGCUCUAGGAUGUUUUAUGGUCCGGGGGGGCCAUAUGCCUUGUUUGCAGGAAGAGAUGCGAGCAGGGCCUUAGCUUUAUUGUCGUUCGAUGCGAGAGAUCUGACAGGGAAUAUUGAAGGGCUGGGUGAACCUGAGCUUGAAGUUUUGCAGGAUUGGGAAUACAAGUUCAUGGAGAAGUACGUGAAAGUUGGGCAAAUUGUUCCGUCAGGAGCAAGUACUGAUGUCAAGGACAAAAGUCAGUGAGAGCUAGGAAAAACAAAAGAAUGGAAACCGGGAAGUAGAAUGGAUAGUGAAUCCCUCGCUGUAGAUGUGAAUUGGCUUCAUUUUCACGUUUUUUCCCAGUAUGAGAUGAGAUGAUGUUGAGGUAUUCGUUGAUGAGCUUGAGCUGAAUAUGCACUGUAUGUAAUUGUUGCCGCAAUGAUGUAGCUUGAAAGUAAUAUAUGUCAAGUGAGGCGUACUUCAUAUUGAUUGGACAAAA